UGCAUCGAAAUCCGUACACACACGAAAGGAACAUAUCACGAAGACAAUUUUCAGUUGGUGAUUUACCUCAGGAAUGACGAUUGAUGUUCAUUGAAUAUGUUAAUAACGUAACAGUCAACAGAAGUAAUAAUAAAAGGAUAAGUCUUGUUGAAUCUCUCGAAAGCCAAAAGCUUGAAAGGAAAUUUCCGUCAGUUCCAGGCAGGUAUGUUCACACAUUUUCCAGUGUCCUGCUUAAUAAGUUUCAAUUGGAGGUGUUAUCCCUAGGUCCAAAAUUUAGUGAUUAUGCUCCUAAAGUUGACCAAUUAGACACUGGUAUACAGUUUGAAAAUUUGUAUUCUCAAACGUCAGAUCUUAACCCAUCAUCAGACGAUGAACUAACUAGGUUCAAAACGGCGCUAGUUGACAGCUGCCAAUAAUACUGGAAUAAUAUACAUUCAAUAAACAGUCUGUUAUCUAAGCAACACAGAAAAGCUCUAAGAGAACGUAGAAGCAACGAAAGCUUAAUUAUUAGCAAGCCGGAUAAAAUGACGGUAUAUUUUUACUGGACAAAAGUGAUUAUGUUGAAAAAAUGGAAGGUAUUUUGAAUGAUCAAACUAAAUUCCAAUCUCUUGGUGUUUCCCAAGACCUCAAUGUAAGAGCAGAGAAACUAAUGACCGACUCCCUGAAAAACUGAACCAAAUAGGAGUAUUAUCGUCAACCACGUACAAGUCCAUGAAACCAACGGGUACCAAUACUUCACGUUAUUACGGUCUACCUAAAGUGCACAAACCGAGUCUUCCUCUUCGCCCUGUUUUA